UGAAGAAAUAUUUUUCUUUUCGGAAGAAGAUCCCGACAAAGCGGCCCUAUUUCUUUUCAGCCGGAAAAAAAGUCGACGAAUCCGAAAACCGACGAUGUACGCCAGAACAAAUACCGGCAGCACACACGGAGACUUCCAGGACCGAAACGGAGUAAACUAUGUGACAUCGACAGAGACCUUCGGUCACUGCUCUCAAUUGUUCUGGAAAAAGGAUCCCAACGACUCCGGGCCGAGUUCAACCAUCAACUGGUGCGAUCAGCUCCCCUCGUCAUCAGCAGCCCUCUCCACCUCCAGUCUCUCCUCAGCGUCACUGUCCAGCUCCAGUCUCUCCCUGGAGUCCCGAGCGCCGCCGCUGCCGCCGCCGCCGCCAACGGCGGCAGACGACAUGGAAUCGGACGAGAGGCCGUACGCCUGCGACAUGUGCACCUGCGCCUACAAGCAUGCCAGCUCCCUGCUAAACCACAAGCUCACCCACAGGACAGGAGACUUCAGAUGUGACUUUUGCAGCAAACCCUACACCAACUACAUGUCCCUGCGCAACCACAUGCGAAUCCACGGUCAGAAGCGCUACAUGUGCGACCUGUGCGGGAAGGCCUUCCGCCUGGCCCGGUACCUCCGUAACCACCAGAGGAUCCAUGACGACGGGCCCAACCGCUUCGACUGUCCCUCCUGCUGCAAGAGCUACAGGACCAUGCUGGAGCUGGCCCAGCACCGCUGUACCGUCGCUUCGUCUGGCCAGAACCGGUUCAACUGCCCAUCCUGCUUUAAGAGCUACCGAACCAUGCUGGACCUGGCCCAGCAUCGCUGCAGCGCCGCGGCCAAAAACCAGACUGGUGGUCGCCGUUCCAAUUACUCCAACGCUCGACGCCAGCAGCAGCGACAGAACAACGCUAUGAUGCAGCAGCAGCAGCAGCAGCAACAGCAGCAGCAACAGCAGCAUGGAGGACACAGCCAGCAGGAACCUCUGUCCUCCCACUGUGUGUCCGUGCCUGACCCCCACCAGCAGGGCCGCCCCAGCUCUGUGUCGUCCCAGAGCAGCCAGCAGAGCAUGAGGAGCUCGUCCUCCAACAAACACGUCUCCUCCUCUAGUGCCGCCCCGUCCUCCUCCUACUCCCUGCUCCAGCCCCUGGUGCCUGAGGUAAAGGAGAUGAGCUCGGGAUACACUAGGCUGAGCGCCAACCCCAUGCCGAAGCACCAGGACACUUUCUCUCUGGCCCCCCAGCGGCCCCUCACCACCAUCAACCCCAUUGGCCACUCCCUCCAUCCGAACGGCGCGCCCACGCUCAAGCCUUCCCCCGUGCCACGCACCAUCCAGGCCAUGCCCUGGGAGCAGCGCUCGCUCUACAAUCAAUGAGACGACCUCCCUCCCCGCCCAGGAACCGGUCUCCACCCCCCCCCCCAUGCCGCAUUCCCCACCGUCCCUACAUACCCUCCUCCUCCUCAUCCCCACCCCUUAAGCAUCGAGCAGUAAGGACGGAGGACUCCAGAGGCCCCGCCCCCUCCACCACCUCACCCCUCCUUUUGGAACGUUGUGUUUGGGAUCAGGGAAGGGCACUAUUGAGAACUAGUUGAGAUUGAUUACUGAGUAGUUAGGUUAAAAAAAAAAAAAAAAAUGUGUUGCCUUGACCCUCAUGUAUGAUCUAUGCCAUGUACUGGAUAUAAGUUAAAAUGUCCCCUAAUCUGUCCUCUCGCCAAGAAUUUAUCCCCCCGUCCUCCUCUCCCACUCUAGUUAUGAAAAUAUCUACCCUUCCCAUUAUGAAUAGUGUCUCUCCUCACCCCCCACUCCCUUUAUCCACAUGUAAAAUGAAACGAGAGGCUAUUUUUUAUCGAAGAGUGUGUUCCUAGCCCUGAACCCUGAAGUUGUCAAAGUAAACGUGACAAAUUUCUCCACUGAGUUUUAAUAUGUUUUUGAACAUAAACCUUUUUUUUGCUAAAUGAGGCUUCUGGAGUGUAAUGGGAAAGGGGGGUAACAUAAACUUUUUUUUUUCUUUUUUUUUUUAAACGUACCCCUUCAACAUGCUCCAGAAGGAACUUUGUGUAUAUUGUGCGUAAAGGAGGUGUCAUGACUGUUUCAGGAAGUCGUUUCCGUUCUGUUCGAUGUUACCGCUCCCACACCUCUCCUCUCCUCUCCGAGCGCCGGGCGACGGCGAGGACCGCGACAGAAAACAUGACUGCUGUCCAGCAGGGCGCUGUGGAUGAAGCCCUGCACGUGUCGGUCGGGCUUUUCUGUGUCGUGAAGUGAACUGAAGCCCUCCUGUUGUUGGAAAAGGACGUGUUCACGACUCAGCCACAGGCCGCGGAGCAAGGACAGUUUGAAGGCUCACGUUUCCUAGACUGACUGGCGGCACGUUUUUACUGUAGUCGAAAUGAUUUGUCGGCUGGGAAUCGGUUCCGGACAAGUUUCCAUCCUCUUUUGUUCAAAACUCACCGUAAUCAUGUUUGUUCCCCUCACGUUUAAGCACUUGAAGACUAGCAGUGCUGUUUUGUUGUUACCGUUACUGUCCCUGCCACCCACCCCCACCCUCUGUGUCGGCUGUGAGGAUGUAACAUUGCCUUACACCCGCCCCCCCCCCCCCAUCACUACUCAAGUGGCGUGGUCGCCGGUGACCUGGCAGCAGAACCGGUGCCUGGUUUAUGCCCAUAACAUGAGCUGCGUGUGGAAGCUACAGUGGCCACAGGACAGUGUGUCUGCAGUUCUGGACCCCGGCUCCCACCUCGCCCUCACCCCGACAUGCCCUCCAGUGUCCCUCCUCUCGUAGAAAGCGUCUCACUGCUCCUGGGAUGGAUUCAGUUAACACCCACCUGCAGGGUGUUUCAAUAAGCAGCCAGUCGUAGUUGGCGGAUGACUCCAAACACACGCACACACAAAAAAUACAAAGUUUUUUUGUAAAAAAAAACGUCGUUUUUGACGAAUAACCAGUUUAAUCACAGGUCCGAUAGGUAGUUCUGUUAGAUGAUCUCGCUAACACGGUGCUCAUUGAAAUACCCACAAUUCUACUGACAUUGUAUUUUCUCUUUUAAAAGUUGUUUCUAUUUUUAUUCAUGACAUGUUUUCAUUGUUGCUUUCUCUCUCCUUGUAAAGUGUCUUUUGAGUAUUUAGAAAAGUGCUAUACAAAUAAAAUGUUUUAUCAUUAUCA